AUGCAAUCAAUUCAGAAUGAAAAAAUCUUCUUCAUCUCUUCCAUUUCUGAUGCAUCACAAAUACUGCCUCAUAUGGUGACUCUACGUCUAGUUGAUUGUAUCUUUAUCUUCAAUUGGGAGAAAGUUAAUCAUGAAAAUUUAGUUUUUGAACAUUCAAACCUGAUUGGUAUUUAUGAUGAACUCGAUUUAUUAUGUUUAUCAAUUCAACAACAAGUUGAUUAUCUUGAUCUACACUUGAAAACAUUUAGUUUCUUCGAUCAAAAUGAUCACUUCACAAAAGAUCUAUCAAAACAAACUGCUGAUCUUCUUUGGUUUCAUCUUUAUCAUGAUGUUAUCUUUGAAUUAACAUGCAAUGCAGAAGCUAAACAAGAAUUGAUCGAUGCAUGUCGUUCUUAUUAUCGCGACAAUACUAAAGAAUUAGAGUUGAUUAGAAAGUUUGAAAAUGAAUAUCGAUCACAGGAAGCUCUUCGAUGGUAUUUAGAAAAAUCUUUUCUUUACAGAAUUAUCAACAAAGCUUUACGAAUCAAAGACUUCGAUCUACUUUACACAUUUCGAUAUUUUAUGAAAGAUCUGAUAGAAUGUUUCGUUCGAGAAAAUCAAAAGAUGGUUCAAUCUGACCAAGAUAUAUUAAUAGUUUAUCGAGGAAUGAAAACAACAAAAGAUCAGAUCGAGAAAUUCAACGAGAACAAAGGUAAAUUGGUUUCAAUCCAUGGAUUUUUUACAGCAAGUAUUCUUCGUUCAACUGCAUUGAAUCAAACAAUGAAACUUUCGAAACAAACUAAUCUCAUUCCUGUUCUUCUGAAAAUUCGAUGCGAUUUACAACAUCUGAACAACAGUGUCAUCGUUACUGAUCGAUGUGAAGAACAACAAGAAAUUCUCUUAGAUUCAACUGUCACUUAUCGAUUGGAAAGUGUCAGAAUAGAAGAAGAAGAAGAAGAAGAGAUUUGCUUUAUUGAAAUGAGUACAUCGAAUGAAGGUCAAAUUAUCAAAGAAAAAUAUAUCAAAGAUUCACGUCACCAGAUAGAAGAUCUCAGUAUCAAAAUUCUCUUUGGACGAUUGAUGUGUGAUAUGGGUCAAUGGAACCAAUCACAACAUUUCUUUGAAAUUUUAUUGAAUGAUUCGAAUAACAGCAACGAAGAUCUCACAAAGAUUGAACGUAGUCUUGGUGAAGUCCUUCAAUGGAAAGGAGAAUGGAGUGAAGCACGAAAAUAUUAUGAUCAUACUUAUGAUCGGAUAAUGAAUACCAAACCAACACGGAUAAAGGAUUUAGCUGAUAUACUAUUCAACAUUGCUGAGAUUCUCUAUCUGGAAGGAAAAUAUGAAGAAGCUCAUAAUUAUUAUAAACGAGCGUUGGAAAUUCAAAAUAAAAAUUAUUCGUCUUCCAACUUUGAUAGGUCCUGUUUACUACAUCAGCAAAGCAGCAGUGUCCUCAACGAUGUUCCAACAUCAUGCUACUCAGUUUCUUCGAAUUUAGAAGGAUACGUUCAAUCAUCUUCUCGAUGGCAUUGUACUACAGAAUGUCGACAAAUUUCGUCCCAGCAACCAUCGAAGUAUACAGCAAACAAAAUAGAACUCGUUGGAGAAACAUUAGCCGAAAGAUAUUUGCUAGAAAUAUGUCGAAACAUACAGGAGACUGAUUGGUUGAAAACGGUUGAAAUUAAACAGGAUAAUAAUGUCCUUAUUGCUACUAGUCUCCAUGGCAUUGGGAAGAUCCUCUGGCGUCAAGAAAAAUAUGAUGAAGCACUUAUCUUUCAUCAACAAGCACUGGCAAUGCUCGAAGAAUAUUAUCAAUCUCCUCAUAUAGAUAUCGCUGUUAGUCUUAACUACAUUGGUGAGGUUCUUAAAUAUCAAAAAAACUACGAUACAGCCCUAGACUUCUAUCACCAAGCAAUAUCAAUCUAUACAAAAUAUUAUCCAAAUGGUCAUGUUUACAUUGCCACCACCAUCCUAAACACCGCUUACAUUCUCGUUCUCCAGGGAAAACACAAUGAAGCUUUAAAGACUAAUGAACAAGCAAUGGCAAUGCUACAAAAAUAUUAUCCAUUUGGUCAUGUAAAGAUUGCCUUUAGUCUCAAUGGAAUAGGACAUGUUCACUAUGUACAAGGAAAAUAUGACGAAACUCUGACAUUUUUUGAUCAAGAACUGAAAAUUCUACAGGAAUAUUGUUUCUCUGGUCACGCCGACAUUAUUUGUACUCUGAACAACAUUGGCCAUGUACAAAAGGAACUAGCAAAGUAUAAUGAAGCUCUUGAUUUUCAUCAACGAGCAUUAGUACUUCAAGAAAAAUAUUAUCCAUAUUAUUAUGCAAAGAUCGCUUACACACUCAAUUGCAUUUCUAAUAUACUACUUUGUCAAUCAAAAUAUGAUGAAGCUCUACGCUAUUGUCAACGAGCACUAAGAAUGCAAGAGAGCUAUUAUCCUUCAGGUCAUGCCUCAAUGGCCUCAAGUCUCAACAACAUUGGCAACAUCCUAAAUGCGCAAGAAAAAUACAAUGAGGCUAUUGAUUUUCAACAAAGAGCACUUGCAAUUGUCGAAAAGCACAUUCCAUAUGAUCAUUCUUCCAUUGCUUUUUAUAUGAGCAACAUUGGGAUUAUAUCAUGCACAGAAAAAAAGUAUGAUGAAGCUCUUGAUUAUCAUCGGCGAGCACUCGAAAUACAAGAAAAAUAUUGUCCAUCAUGUCAGAAUGAGAUUGCCAACAGUCUCAACUACAUCGGUCAUGUUCUCAGUGAACAGAAAAAAUACGAUGAAGCUUUGAAGUUUUAUCAAAAUGCACUCGAAAUACAAGAGAACUAUUUUUCAAAUGAUCAUGUGGAUAUUGCGACUACUCUAAAUAAUAUUGGCACAAUCUUUCGUCAACAACAAAAAUUCGAUGAAGCGGUUGAAUAUCAUCGAAAAGCAUUAGAUAUUCAAGAGAAAUAUUAUCCAGCAGACAGUAUCAUCAUAGCUAAUACCAUCAAUUGUAUCGGUCAUGUUUUGUACGAUGAAGGAAAGUAUGAUGCAGCCAUUCGCUAUUAUCGACGAACACUUCCAGUGCACGAGAACUUCUAUCCUGAUGGUCACAUCCGAAUUUCUCAUAUUUUCAGCUCUAUUGGUAACACUCUGUAUGAGCAAAAGAAGUACGAUGAGGCUCUUCAAGUUCAUCAAAAAGCCUUGGCUAUUCGAGAAAAAAAUUACGAAUUACCUAAUGUCGACGUUGCGAAUAGUCUAAACUCUAUUGGAAAUGUCCUAUAUAGUCAAGAGAAAUAUGACGAAGCCAUUGAUUUUUAUCAACAAUCAUUAACUAUUCGAGAGAAAAUCCAUCCACUUGGUUACAAUGGUAUUGCCAUCGUUCUGAGCAAUAUUGGAAAAGCUCUGUAUCAACAAAAGAAGUACGAUGAGGCUCUUCAAGCUCAUCAAAAAGCCUUGGAUAUUCAAGAAAAAAAUUACGAAUUACCUAAUGUCGACGUCGCGAAUAGUCUGAACUCUAUAGGUAAUGUUCUAUAUAGUCAAGAGAAAUAUGACGAAGCCAUUGAUUUUUAUCAACAAUCAUUAACUAUUCGAGAGAAAAUUCAUCCACUUGAUUACAAUGGUAUUGCCAUCGUUCUGAACAAUAUUGGAAAAGCUCUGUAUAAUCAAAGAAAAUAUGAUGAGGCUCUUGACUUUCAACAACAAGCACUGGCAGUUCUAAAAAGUAACUUGUCUAGUGAUCAAUUUAGAAUUGCUAGCAGUCUCGAGACCAUCGGUAAAACUCUGUUUCAACAAACAAAAUAUGAUGAAUCUCUUGACUUUUAUCAAGAAGCAUUGGUCAUACUCGAAGAACAUUAUCCCAAUGAUCAUAUUGAAAUUUCUGAAUGCCUAUCCUGGAUCGUUGGUAACCUCCAUAAGAAGUCCAAGUUCGAUCUCGCUAUUGAAUAUUUGGAAAGAUGUUUAUUAAUUGUCGAAGCCAGUCGACCUCCAAAAGAUCUCUGCAUUACUAAAAUAUUUAUGUGCUUGUCACAGAUGCAAAGAGCAAGAGGUCAACAUGAUCUCUCCCUUAUACAUGAACAAAAUUGUAUGUUAAUGCGUCUCAAAGUUCUAUCAUCAGAUCAUGAAGACAUUGGCGAUAGUUUAUCGACUAUAGGUGAGAUUUAUGAAAAUCUUCAUAAACCUAUGUUGGCACUUAAUUACUAUCAGCAAGCAUUAGCUAUCUACAGAAAAUGUUUGACUCGCUGGAAUCGUAAACUACGAAGUAUGGAAUGGAAUAUUGAACGAAUUUCAGAACAACUUGAAAUAGAACUUGAUGAAUCAGAUUGA